AUGCUUCAAAGUCCUAGAAAAAAGAUUCUACCAAAUAAUCUGCAAGUACCAACAUAGAUUUCGCAGCAAAAUUCUCAUAAUGUGAGUUCCAACAAGAGCCUUUCAGAUGUGAUUACUAACUUAAGUUCUUAAGAUAGUUUACAAUAGUUAAAAAAAGAAGAAUUUAAGAGCAUCCAAAAGAUGCGAUUUCAACACGAGAGCGAUAAAAACCAAAUAAACAAUAAAAUUUUCUUAAAUGACCAAAGGCUGCAAAAGUAAAAAAAGAAAUUAAUGCAAAUUAAAAUUACGAAUAAUGGGAGUAGUAUCGAUGGAGAUAGCUCAGCUACUUUAUAAUUUGUUAGUAAAAUAAUUGAUGAGGAAUAAUUGCAUAAAAAAUAAACUUUAUAAAAAAACUACCAAACAAAUAUAUACGCCAAAAUAGAUUCUUAUGCAUAUAAAACUUUUCUUAAUGUAUAAAAGAACGGUGAUACUUCGCUUAGAUCUUCACCUUUGCUUGGAAGCUAAAGCGGGAGUUCAUUAACUGUACCUUUGAGUUCAAAUAAUUUGUAAAGUAAACCUAAUAUAAUACUGCCUAAUUCAGCAGCUGAAAUAAAUGAUAUUUACAGUAUGAAUUUUCAGCCAUCUUAAUCUUUCUAUAACUAAACAUCCAAGCCAUUAACACCAAGAAAAAAAUAUAGCUUUUAAACAAAUAGCUACACUAGUUCUUCAUAUGUAGCUCCUGCAAAUAAUUAAAAAAGUCUUAAAAUAAUUGAUGAUUAAAGGAUAUUACAAGGGAGUAUAUAAUAAGUUUCAUCUGGGUUUUUGACAUAAAGAAGAAAUCAUUCUACAACAUUUUUAGAUUAAUUGCCAUAACCACCUGCUAAAAAUAUAGUCAGUCAUAACUAAUUCAUAAGAGGGUAGUUAGGAAAAAGACAAGAUGCUCUCCAAAUCAAGAAUUACUUAGAAAUUAAAAUUAAAGAGCUUCUUUCUAAAGACCCUUUGACAAAAGAUGAUAUUUUUAUUCUCAGGUAAAAUAUUUAUAGCAGCUGCUUAGAAGAAUUGAUUCGACAAAUUUCUAUAGAUUGUAAGGAAAGAGCAUUAGUUCUUUAGGAAAUUUGGGAUAGUACUAUGGAAUUAAUGACUAACUUAUUCAUUUUUUUAGAGAAGUAAAAGUCCUAAAUAGAGAAAGACUUAUCAAAAAAUAUUUAAGAACUACACUAAAAGUAUUAAAAAACAAUCAAUGAAGACCUCAAAAUUAUUAGCAAACAAUAAACCCAAAUAGCUGACAGAGACAAUUUUAUAGAAAAACAAAUAUAAGAAAACAGGUAUUUAAGGAAGAAAGACAGAAAACUUGAAAAGCUAUAUAAAAUGUCAUAAAACUCUAUUAAUUAUCUUCAAGACGAACUUAACAGUUCAAUUAGAGAACAUCUUAAAUAUUUAAUGUCUCACGAAGAAUUGACAUGGAGAGAAGCACUAGAAUAUUAAAGGAAAUAUUUUGAAUUAACAAAAAACAAAAGAAUUUCUGCCUAAAAAAGCAUUAAAGAAAUUGCACAACAAAUAAAGAUGCAUGUCGAUCAAAACGAAAUACAGUAGCAUAUAGAUAUGGAUGAGAUCUUAAAAGAAUAUAUCAUAGAUCCUGUAGAAAAUUAGCUGCAAAAUAUAAUACAAGAGGUUGAUAAUGAAUCAGAUUAAACAGAUUUGAAAAUAGGAUUUAAUUUGGAUGACUAAGAUUACAUAAAAACUAAUUCGACGUAAACAGAUUUUUCCAUUUUUAAUUUAGUGGAAAAAGAAGUAAAUACUGAAAAAGUGCUUAUAACAGAAAUGACUAAUAAAAAAAAUAAAUAAUUUGAUUCUGUAGAUUCUGCUAUUUAAUGUAAAGCUGUCACAUUUCCAAUAUUCACAUAAACUGAAGUUCACGAGCUUUGUUCUUGUGGAUAAUAAACUGAAUACACUGGUGAUAUUAUGGAUAUUAAAGUUGGAGAAGAAUAUUGGGAUAAAGAUUUGAAUAAUAGCUUUUUUGAAUAAUUUAAUAAAAAAUGUGUUGCCGUUUAAACAGUGAAAGAAAUUCAGAUAAGAAUACCAUCUGAAACUGAAAUUGAGUUAGAUAGUUUGAAGGGAACACAUAUUUCAAUGGAGCUUAAAAAUAUAAUAGAAACUGCUAUUAAAAAAGAACAUAUUUCCACAGAAGGUUUGUAUGAGUGUAAAAAAUUGAUUGAAUAAAAGAUAUAGAUCUAGGAAAAACUUGUCAGGAAUGUAAAGGACAAGUUUAUGCGUCAUCAAUAAACUGAAUUAGAAAUGAAUAGAUAAAAAACUGACCUUGAAAACUAACUAUAAAUUAUAAAAGAUUAAAAUCAGCUAUAAAUGUCAAAACUUCUUCAUUUGUCUGAAGAUUAUAAAAAGCUUUAAAAUAUUAUGAUGAUUAAGGUAGAAGAGCUGAGCUUUGAGUCUAUGGAUUCAGACCUGAUAAUAGAUCAGACUUCUAGAACUUAACUGAUGAAUACAACACUUUAAUAACAACCUUUUGAUUCAGAAGAAACUAAACAAAUUAUAGACAAUUAAGAUUAGUCAAAAUUAAACAGAAAAGUAAGUAUGAUUUCGGCAUACAGUGGAAGUUAAAAUAGCUAACGCUAGAUAACGGCGUUAAGUGAACUCGACAUGAGGAAUUACAAAUCAACAAGAAGUGUGAGUGAAAUCAAAUAAAUACCUCAAUAACAUGAUUAAUUUAAGAAAAGAUAUUCAAAUCAUUAAUCGCUUACAUAGCAAAAUAAAGAAGUAUAUACAAGUUAGCCAAGUGUUAAUUAAAAUUAAGGGAGGAAAAAUAGUCAGUAAAGAGGAUAGUAAGAUACAUCUAUCAAUGUGAGUAAUAUGAAGAGGACUAGCUUCAGUAGCUCUGUUUAGCCUUAUCAUUAACAAAGCAAUCAAUUAAAUUCCAUCACUAGUAUGCCUGAUACCUCUCAAGAAAGAUACAAAGAAAAUGCAGGUGAAGAUGAUAGUCAAUGCAGCUCUGAGUUCAGGAUUCCAUCUUUAAAAGAUAUUGAUAAGGAUGAGCCAGAUGCUAAAAAGAGAUAGAAAAAAAAUAUAGUUAAGCAAGAAACAAACUUAUAAAUUAACACUAACUCUUAAAAUCCAACAAAAUCUCUGAAUAUUAUACCAUUUAGUUAACUUACUCGUAAUAAUAUAAAGACAACUUCCAUUCAUACUGAAGCAGCAAACAAUCUCUUAAUCGAAAUUAGCAGGUAAUUCAAAAAAUGUCGACCUGAUUUGAAGAAAAAUAAAUAUCUUCCUUAAAUAAACAAAACCUUAUCAAUGGUUUAUAGUGACUUGAUAAAGUUAGUUAAAAAUAACAAUGCACUAAACCCAUUACAUGUAGUUACUUAUGAAUAAUUCAUUCAUAGAUUUGGACUUAAAAAAGUCGCUGAAUAAAAAAUGAUAUAAGAAAUUUAGUAAGCAAUGUUAAUGGCAAAUGAAAAUAAUAGGUGUAAAGUAUUUAUAAAGAUGCUUUACGCCUAAGAAGGAGCUAAUAUUACUUCAGAAGAUAAGAUAGAAGAAGUAAAGUUUUUUGUUAAUAGUCUUGUUCUGCUUGAUGACUCAAAACAAGCUUAAAACUAUAACGUUGAUAAAUCUUUUACGUCAACUGUAAGAGUGCAUGAAAGUUUUCCAAAAAUAUUUACUGAUAUCUUAAAUGAGCGCUAAAUUUUUGAAAACAUGACUAAAUUGAUUAAAUAUCCAGCAGACACUUUAAAAGACAUUCAAAAUAACGAUUAUCGACGUUUACCAACUCCUAGCUAUGAAUAACUAGAUAUAGACCUUCAUUUAGAUCUUCUCUUAUAAAUUUAUUCUAAUCGGCUAGAAAAAAAUUGA